AUGUCCUCUGCUCAAGAUUCCGCCACCAAGAUCUCUAUCGAUAGAUUCGAUGGAGACAACUACGCGACGUGGAGCCGCUACAUGCGUGGCGUGUUUCUGACCAAGUCGACGUGGCACUUGGUCAACCGGGAGACCACCCCCACCUUCGCCGAUCCUCGCGCCAGUGAUGAGUACGUCAAGACGAACAACAUUGCGUUCGGCUUGAUGUUACUUCACAUGAGCGCGGACUAUCAUCACGUGGUUGAUGACUGCGACGAGGCAUGGGUUGCGUGGACACGGUUGAAGACUCUCUACGGCGGAUCUCAGAAGGCUGGGCACAUCUGCUUGAAGCGCCAGCUCUUCAGUAUGGAGAUGACAGAAGGCGGCAAUGUGUUGCAUCAUUGCAAUGAGGUCCUCAACAUCAGCGCCAAGCUCAGCAGCAUCGGCGCCAAGAUGGAGGAUGAGGACGUGGCGAUCUGCUUGUUGUGCAGCCUCCCCAAGAGCUACGAGAACGUCGUGCUGAACUUGGAGAUGAGCAGCGCAGAACUGCGGACGCAAGACGUCGUGAAAGUGCUGACGAAUGAGCACAUCAAGAGACAAGGGAAAAAGACGACAUCGGUGAAAACUGAAGAAGCGACCAAGGCCUUCAGUACCGAGCGUGAGGUUCGUCAGUGUACGUUCUGCGGAAAAUUGGGGCACACGGUGGAAAAGUGCUGGACCAAGCAGAAGGAAGACAAUCGGGGAGCUCGACGCGGCGGCAAUGCACGUGGACGCGGAGCGAAUCAAGUUCAGUGGCAAGGCUACAACGGCAACAGCAACUGUGACUAUGAUCGAGUGGCGUUUGCUGUUUCGCUGGAAUGCGGAUGUGGUGAAGUCGAUCUCACAAAAUUGCUUGUAUGA